AUGUCGGGGGUGGCACCCAGCUCGCUGCCUGCGGGCAAAACCGCCGCGAAAGCCGGCCAGCCCUCGGAAUCCGGCGCCGCGCAGCGCAAGAAGAGCGCACUAUGGUUGAUCGACGAGAAGGAGGUGUUCAUGGAGACGCUGCGCGACCACAUGGGCCAGAACCCUCAGACCGUCUUCAAGGAGGUCGCCGAGCGGGUCGCUGCGCUCGGGGCGUCCACGGGCCGGCCGCGCGACAAGGGCGAGACGGAGUGCCGCCACAAGUACGACCAGCUGCGCCGGAAGGUCGUCGAGCGGGAGCGCAAGGUCAACCACCACCCGCCCGAACACCCCGAGAGUGAGAAGUACCGCUGGGCGCAGAGCCGCAUGCUCGGGGCCCUGGCCGAGGAGAUCGCGCGGGACCACGAGGCCCAGGCGAUGAAGGCCGCCAAGCAGUUCCGGCAGGAGCCCGUCGGCCGCCUGUUCACGGACGCGACUUGCACGCCGAGCGCGGGGCCCGGGUACCGCGCCCUGCCGCACGCGUUCCCGAGUGGGAUGGGCCUCGUGUCGAACAUGGGUCUCCUCGGCCCGGCGAGCCCGAUGCCGCACGGCGCGCACGCGCCGAUGUCGAUGCAGCAGGCGUCGCCGGUGACGCCGUAUGGGAUGCUGCCGCACGGGGCGUGGGGCAUGCCGCCGCCGGUCGCGCCGCACGACGCCGCGGCCUGGCCCGUGCCGCACCCGCACGCGGCCGACGCCGCGGCGACGGGCGGGCCCGGGAGCGUGGGCGGCGACGCGGCGACGGCGUACAACGUCGACUCCGUGACGGACGGCGGCGCCAAGUCCGGGCGGUCGCGGGGCUCCGCGCGCAGCGGGAAGAGCAAGGGCCCGCCCGUGAUGCUGCGGCUGUGGCCGGCGGACCCCGACGGCCAGCGGCGCAUCGAAACGUCCUUUCGCUUGCGCAACAAGAAUCCGUUCAUCGAUCUGAAGGCCAAGCCCGGGAAGACGGUGCACGCGCUGCUGUCGUUCCUGGAGAGCAAGUGGGCGGACGUCGAGGCGCUCCUGCGGCCGGACGGCGGCCCGAGUGCCACCGCGCCCCUGCGGCUGCGGCUGCAGCCCUUCGCGGGCCGCGGGGCCGAGGAGGGCACGCUGCAGCCGCGUCCCGCGGCGAUGGACGUCGUCGUGGGGCCCGCGGGCACGACGAGCGCGAAGGAGCUGGACAUCGGCAGCCUGCUGUCGCACGUGUAUGGAGAAAGGGCGAUGCGGGAUGCGGCGGCGGGCGGCGCGGAGGUGCGCGCGGAGCUGCAGUACUCCUGGGCUCCCGCGGAGCCCGUGCGGGAGGCGGCGGGGCAGACGGCGCCUGCGGCGGCGGGGGGGGGUGUGUUGGAUGCGUCGCACAUGCUGAGUGGCUACGGGAGUUGCGCGACGGGGUCGCACCGCGACAAGGAGGACUCGCUGCUGAACGUGCACGCGGCGGAGGGCGCGGCGGCGCGGCGGACGGGCGAUGAGGCGCACACGCGCGGCGGCGCUGACGGCGGGCGCGCGGCGGGGGCGGAGGGGGCCGUUGCGGCGGACGGCGGCGCGUCGGGGUCGAUGGGCAUGCACAACUUGGACUCGAACUUCCUGAACGAUCUGAUCGGCGGGAACUCGAUGUCGCGUUUCCUGCGCGACCUGGGCGGCGGGGGCAACACGCAAGCAGAGCAGCAGCAGGGUGGUGCGCAGCAGGGGCCGCAGAUGGACUCCGCUGCGCAGAUGGGCGGCUUCUUGCGCCGCGUGGCCGCGGAGAAGGAGCGGGAGGCCAAGGACGAGGAUCCGAUCGCAGGGGGGCUCUCCCAGGGUGCCGGGGGAGUGUCGUCAGGGGCGGGGGGGCUGUCGAGCGGCCCCGGGGACGUGGCGACGCCAGUCAAGACGCGCCCCGACGCGCAGGGGGCGUCGAAGCGGGGAACGGCGGUCGGGGCCUCGUUGAACGCGUCGCUGAUGCAGACGCUCGCCAAGUCGGCAGGGGGGAGUCUUCUGGACUUCUCCCUGAGCGGCCUGGGCCUGUCCAUGGGCGGAUUCGUGGCGCCGCCGAUGGACUCGCUGCUCGGCGCCGAGGACGCGCGGGCGCAGGGGCCCCCCGCGAGCAAGACGGACACGGAGCAAGGUGCCAAGGGAACACACCCCCCCAGGUCUGACCAGGGCAGCAAGAAGCGCAAGUUGGGGUCGUCGGAACAGCCGACGGCGAAGAAGGGCGCGUUCAGCUUCGCGCUCUCGGCCGCGCAGGGGGGCGCGGCGCCGCCCGGGCACAGCGUGCAUGCUGCGGGGUAUGGGGGGGGGAUGUUGCAGUUCGGAGGGGGGGGUGUCCCGCCGGCGACCUCGGCGACGUUUCCGGGGCUGGCGGGCAUGCUGGGCUCGCACGCGCCGUACGUGGCGGCGCACGGGCACGCACCGCAGGCGUUCGGGGGCUUGCCGCACCUGCAGGGCCACCUGCCGUUCCCGCCGACGCAAGCGCCCGGGCCUGCUGGCAUGGGCAUGCAUCCGUGGGGCGCUGGCAUGCCGGGGGCUGGUUUCGGGUACGGUUUCGGCCACCCCCCUGCGUGA